AAGAGCCUAACAGUGUUGGAUACUUUAGCAAACUUUGGCCUCCUUUUCUUUCUUUUCCUGGUUGGGCUGGAGUUAGAUCCGAAGUCUCUUCGUCGGACUGGGAAGAAAGCUCUAUGUAUUGCUGUUGCUGGAAUCAGUCUCCCCUUUGUAUUAGGAAUAGGAACAUCCUUUGCUCUCAGAGCUACUAUAUCAAAAGGGGUUAAUCAAGGCCCUUUUCUGGUGUUCAUGGGAGUGGCCCUCUCUAUCACUGCCUUCCCUGUUUUGGCUCGUAUUCUAGCUGAGCUCAAACUUUUAACAACAGAUGUUGGUCGAAUGGCCAUGUCUGCUGCAGCAGUCAAUGAUGUGGCUGCAUGGAUUUUGCUUGCUCUUGCUAUUGCCCUCUCGGGCACUACCAGUUCUCCCCUUAUUUCCCUUUGGGUCCUUUUGUGCGGGGCUGGUUUUGUGAUACUCUGCAUAUUCAUUGGUCCUCCUAUAUUCAAAUGGAUGGCUAGACGUUGUUCGGAUGGUGAGCAUGUAGAUGAGAUAUAUGUGUGCGCUACACUAGCAGCAGUUUUGGCUGCAGGAUUUGUCACUGAUACUAUUGGUAUUCAUGCCUUAUUUGGAGCUUUUGUGCUCGGUGUUCUUGUCCCAAAGGAAGGACCAUUUGCAGGCGCACUGGUGGAAAAAGUCGAGGACCUUGUAUCCGGUUUAUUUCUUCCUCUCUACUUUGUUUCUAGUGGAUUGAAAACGAAUGUGGCCACUAUUCAGGGGGCUCAAUCAUGGGGUCUUCUUGUUCUUGUCAUAUUUACCUCAUGCUUCGGGAAGAUUGUCGGCACCAUUGUCGUCUCACUCCUUUGCAAGAUGCCUAUGCAGGAGGCUUUGACGCUUGGGUUCUUGAUGAAUACUAAAGGUUUAGUCGAGCUCAUUGUUCUUAAUAUUGGCAAAGACAGAGGGGUACUGAAUGAUCAAACAUUUGCCAUCAUGGUGUUGAUGGCUCUCUUCACAACGUUCAUCACAACUCCUAUUGUGAUAUCAAUAUACAAACCAGCUAAACUAGCUGUGACUGAAUACAAGCAUAGAACAAUAGAGAGGAAAGACACGAGCAAACAAGUCCGAAUGCUAACAUGCUUCUACAGCACAAGAAACAUUCCCACACUGAUCAAUCUCAUUGAAGUUUCUCGAGGAACUGAGAAGAGGGAAGGACUUCGCGUCUAUGCCAUGCACCUUAUGGAGCUUUCCGAAAGGUCAUCAGCAAUCUUGAUGGUCCAUAAGGUUAAAAGGAACGGGCUGCCCUUUUGGAAUAAAGGGGAGGUUACAGAUUCUAACCAAGUAGUGGUUGCUUUUGAAACAUUUGAGCAUCUGAGCAAAGUGUCUAUCCGACCAACAACAGCAAUCUCUCCCAUGAAUAGCAUGCACGAGGACAUUAUUACUAGCGCCGAGAGAAAGAGGGUAGCCAUGAUAAUUCUCCCAUUCCACAAGCACCAACGACUUGAUGGACAUUUCGAAACAACCAGAACCGAUCUAAGGCAUGUGAACCGCAGAGUUCUUCAGCACGCACCAUGUUCAGUCGGUAUCUUGGUAGAUAGAGGUCUCGGUGGAGCAUCUCAUGUAUCUGCUAGCAAUGUCGACUUCACAAUAACAAUCUUGUUCUUCGGAGGCCAUGAUGACCGGGAAGCACUUGCUUAUGGUGUGCGUAUGGCCGAGCACCCCGGUGUCACACUAAUCGUGGUACGUUUUGUUGUCGACCCCGAAGUUGCUGGUGGCAGUGUCAAGAUAGACAUGAACCAGAACUCCAGCCUCGAGGCUCAACCCGACGAAGUGUUACUUUCCGGAUUGAAACAGAGAAUCUCAAAGGACGGAUCGAUCAAAUACGAAGAGAGGACAAUCAAGGAUGCUGCAGAAACUUUUGAAGCAAUAAAGACAUAUAACAGGUGCAAUCUUUUUUUAGUUGGAAGAAUGCCUGAAGGUCAAGUGGUUGCAGCAUUGAAUAAAAAGAGUGAAUGUCCAGAAUUGGGGCCUAUAGGAAACUUGUUAAUAUCCUCUGAAUUUUCAACAACAGCAUCUGUUUUGGUGGUGCAGCAAUAUCGCAGCCAAUUAUCUCAAGACUCAUUGAGUUCUUUGGAGGAAGGAGAAUCAUCAGAAGGAAAUGAAUCCAACUAAAACAUUGAAAAUAGUAACUCAGUCGUAUUUUCACAAAGUUUUCACAAGUUCACAGUGUACAAUAAUAGAAAAGAGGGAAUUACCAAAUAAAGAAAGUUUAUGUGUACAUAUAUAUAUCUUUGGCAUUCCCUCAUUGUUACUUUCUGCAUUAAUCUUGUUAUCAUGUUAUGUAAAGCUGCAGAAUGUUAAAGUUUCUAUGAAGAUUUUCAUCAAAACACAGAGAAUGGCACAAUUGCUAGAUUUUUUUAA